AUUUGCUUUUGUAAAAACUAAAAUGAAGUCGUUAGUCAGGUUCAUUGUUUGCUCUGCAAUUGCACUGCUUGUCCUGGAGUCAAGUGUAUUAGCUCAAGUACCGUCAUUUGGUAUUUGUCCCAGAGUUACAGUAGCUGUUGCAGAUGAUUUUGAUGUUGUUCGGUAUAUGGGACGAUGGUACGAACAGGAUAAAUAUCCGUUCAUCAUUCAAUUCGGAGGGAAAUGUGCUACUGCUAUUUAUGCACUGAGGGAUGAUGGAAUUGUUUCUGUAGUGAAUCGACAAAUCGACCGAUUUGACGAAACGGAAAAUAUCGCCAACGGAACUGCCAUACUUGAAUCUCCAGGAAAAUUAAUUGUUAACUUUGCACCAGUUCCAAUUCCAGGUCAACCGUCCAAUUAUUGGAUAUUGGAUACGGACUACGAUUCGUACGCAGUGGUAUUUUCGUGUGUUCAAAUUGUUCCCGGCUUUAUUUACACAACAAAUGCUUGGGUCCUAACACGAGCACGUAAUCCACCCCAAACACUUCUACGAACUGCCUAUGAUGUUUUCGACAGAAACAAUAUUUCUCUGUCGUUUUUACUUCGAACAGAUCAGCUUAACUGUGAUCGUGAUGACGAAUGAGCCAUGGCUGGCGCCUAAAUUAAAUUUGUGAAAAAAUUGAAGAGAAAUACAGUUCAAUGUUUUUAUGUAUCACAAUAAAAU